AUGGAGGAAGGAUAUAUCUAUAGGAUACUCAAUGAUAAGUGGAACUAAUUAGGACAUAAUGAUGAAAAACUAACCCUGUAGAUUCCAUAGUUGGAAACUAGGGACCCACCAAAUUCAAACUAAAAAGCCAUUGAGUUCGUGUUCCAUGGUAGAGUUACUUCUCCAGGAAAUCUUGAGAGUUUUAUGGCAACUAUUCAUACCUCAUAAGUUCCAUCACCUGAGACUGAUAUUUACAAGAAUAAGUUAUAAAAUGAAGUGUUUGUGAGUGGAAUAGAGGAUGAAUAAAAAAGAUAUGAUAUAAAACAAUCAGUAUUAAGCUUAGCAAAUGUCUUGAGUGAUUGGACAAAUAAUCAUCUUAAUGAUUACUCUUCAUAGUAAUUUUAUGCAUUGCAUUUGCUAGCUUAUGUAUUCACUAGAAUAGCAGGCAAAUUUCAUACUAAUGGGCAAUCUUGUUUUAUUGACUUCAGCACAUCAGAUGUUCAUCUCACAAAAUUAAAAUCUGAUUCAAUUUAAAAUUUCUAUUCAGACUUGCCAGUAUAAAUGCCAAGAUUCUUUGGAAUAAUAAUUAGUGAUAAAUUUAUUGAGGAAUUUGUGAAAGAGCAUAUCAACAGAAGAAAGCGAAUGAAUGUUCUUGAAUAUAUUGAAUUAUUCCCGGAGUUUGAUUAAUAUUCAAAAAGGAUGAAAGUUGAGGAGGCAUCAGAUAUCUUUCCCAACCUUUUAAAUACUUAUCUGCCUAAAAAACGAUUCUCAUUGGAACUUAAUCCUAAAGAUCUUUUGCAAGAGGGACUAUAAUAUUCUUUGCAAAAUACCUUUAUAAAAUUCGGUUAAGAUGAAAUUAAUAUGUAAAUCCCAUUUAUCUUUGAUAUUCUUGUUGGAAAAACACUAUUUUCUUGGGAUAGAAUUGCUAAAGGCUAUCUUGGAAUCGGAGGAUUAUCAAAGAUCAAACAAUGUGACGAGGGGACAUUGAAAUUCAACGUAGAAUCAAAUGUUAGAAUUCAAAAACUGGUUAUACAGAACAUUUCUACAUCAUAAAAUAUGGUCGAGGAAGAGGCUACUAUCUUUGCAUUAGGAAAUUUACUUUUGAAAUAACUUCUAGCCCCUCCUUUAAGUUACGAGUUUCCCUUAUUUCUUGAGGAAGAUUAAGUCCAGUUUGAUAUAGAGCGACUAGUUGAAAGGAAGAUUAAAGCUAAAUUCAUUCCUGGUUUCUUUGAAUUAAAAGUAAAUCCAAUAGAUUUUUCCAAGAUACCUUAAGAAGGUUUAAACUUAAAACAGCGAUAUAGACCUAUUAGUGAAGGAUUUAAUAACGUAGAGUAAAAAAAAGCUGCAUGGGAAUUAAGAUUGAAAUAAAAAUAAAAAGAACAAUACUAAGACCCUGCUUAAAUUUCAAAAUAAAGAAGAUAAUGGUAUGAAAAUUUAGGCGUUAAAGUAGACUGGUUAUUAUGA